ACCCCGGUCGUUAUUAGCUCACUUGACUUGUCUUACCGGUCGUAUCAAUAUACGAUACUCUUCAGUUACUCUGUAAGACAGUCGGAAGUGACACGACUUGCAAUCAGAGUCCAAUUGAUACCGUUAUCUUACUCAAUAUAUUGUCUACCGAUGUGGCUAUUAUUUAAAAUUAAUUAGUUGAAGACAAAUUUUUUUUCUGUUUGUUAUUAAAUUUAUAUAAUUUACUAUACAUAAAUUUUUCUUUUUAAACGUCAUAAAGUGUUAGUGUAUUUAAUGAUUACUGAAUGUAUACACAAGCGUGCGAAUUUCAGUAGACGAGAUUAAACGAUAUUGAAAGGUGUAAAUAUAAAAAUGAAUAUUCGGGAGUUACCAGAUGGAUUGAAAAAAUUUGCCAAGGAAGAACUUGGUGAAGAUGAUAAUCAUUUAAUUGAAGAUGUAAAUUAUAUUGUAGAAUGGCUGAAGAAACAGCCUCACCUGCAUGUACGUACAGAUCCGCAGUGGAUAGUAGGGUUUUUACGAGGUUGUAAACACAGUUUAGAACGAACUAAAAAAAAACUAGAUGCUUAUUAUACUAUUAGAACACAUUUGCCUGAGCUUUUUCUCGACCGCGAUCCGAAGCAGUCGAAGAUACAAAAGAUACUUGAAAUGGGAACAUAUUUACCACUGCCAAAGACUGAUAAACCAGACGGGCCACGUGUUAUAUUGGUACGCGGUGCAAUAUAUGAUCCUAAGAAAUGUACUUUUCAAGAAGUACUUAAAAUUUUCUUCAUGAUUAUGGAUAUUCUGUUACUUGAAGAUGAUUGGCUUAACGUUGAAGGACAAGAUACUGUUCUAGAUCUCAGCGGAAGUCGCCUCGAGCACGCGAGCCAGUUCACGCCUGCUGUGAUAAAGAAAGCCGUCACCUGUUUUCAAGACGCUUAUCCAAUAAAGACUAAAAGUUUGCAUUUUAUAAAUGCGCCGCCUACAUUUGAUGCGAUAUUCGCGAUUUUUAAAAGAUUUAUGAGCGAUAAAUUAAGAAAGAGAAUAAUGGUUCACAGUGAAAUGGAGAAAGUUUUUGAUUAUAUACCGAAACGUGUUUUCCCUUCUGAUUAUGGUGGAGAUGCUCCUUCUAUUGCUCAAUUAACCAAAUGGAAAAAGAAAGUAAUUGAGAAACAAGAGUGGUUUGUCGAAGACUCUCAAUACCGAGUGACAGAGUCAAAGAGGCCUGGAAAGCCAAUUACAGGAUUAGAUCUCUUUGGAGUCGAAGGUAGUUUCAAACAACUUGAGUUCGAUUGAAAUUUAACAAAAGAACAUUUUGUAUAGCACUUAAAUUUAAAAUGAUAUUAAACAACAAUUUCUACAUCAAUUUUAAUGAAAAAUAA